CACCACGUACAAUGGCUUGUUUUGCACAUUUGCACCAUCCAUGGACUGGAGACUGGACAAAGACAGUAUACACAGUACUAGUACUCCAAUUCAUGCUUUCUUUUUUGUACGUAGAGAUCGAUCAAUGGCGAAAGUCUGCAUCAUCACCAUUCUUCCUUUUCUCCUCGUGGAGCGGGACUACUGGAAGGGAGAGGAGUAGAUGUGUGGAUGGAUGGAACUGGAAGCAGGGGAUGAAUCCAGAAAGUCAGGCAAGCAAAGGAAAGAACGGAAAGGGGAGACAGCGGCCCACUAGUUCCGUCCAUAUGCCAUUACCACCACCACCCACCACCACCAUCCCUUCCUCCUCUUCUUCUACUACUACUACUAGAGUCUAGAGAGAAGAGAGCUUUGCUUUGCUGGUGUAGUUCGUUCAUUGCUGCUCGCCCUCCCAAAUCCAUCCACCAUGGGCCUUUUUGGGUUUUCGGCUGCCACCACCUCCUCUCGUCUCGUCCCAUGGGUCAGAGCAGGAGAGUCCCCUCCGUCCCCUUCACACGGCGCAGGGGCGGAGCAAGCGCAAGAAACUUCCCCCAACACCUCCACCUCCUCCGCUUCCAGCCUUUAUUAUUCUUGUCUCCUUCCGUCUUUCCUUCCUUCCUUCCUUCCUCCUCGUUCCCCUCUCCUCUCCCUUUCUCGUUCUUCCCUCUCUCUUUCUCUCUGGACAAUCCGCUGGGGGUGGUUUUGAGGUGAGUUGAGGUGAGGCGGCCAUGAAGAGGGCGAACAAGGUGGUCUUGGCCCAGCCGGCGGCGGCGGCGCCUCCGCUGCUGCCUCGCGCGCCUGGGCCCGGCCCCGCCCGUGGCGGCGCUGGCGGCGUGGGAGAGGCGUCUAGGGCCAGGCUCAGGCACCGGAGCCUCCUCCAGGACUACAAGGAACUCCUCAAGGAAACUGAAGCAAAGAAGAACAAAUUGCAUCUGGAGAAGAUGAAGAAGCAGAGGCUCUUGGCCGAAGUCAUGUUCUUGCGGAAAAGGUACAAGUCCAUGUCUGAAAACCCGUCUCAGACAGUUGUGUACAGAGUGAAGAAUCCAGCAAUGGCGGACGAACGGCACCGGUCGACCGUUCAUGCCGUUGGGAGCUCAAGCAAAGGCCCGCCGGAGCACCUACGCCGGCAGCAGCAUUCCGCUCUGAGAGCGUCUCCGGUGAUCGACCUCAACGAGGCUUGCGAGCUGAGCUCUGAAGAGACGGAAGAAUUCGAUGGUUACCAGGAUUCUGUUAGUGCCAAGAGCAACUACUACACGUUGGAGGGAGAUGAUGAUGCUGCCGCCGGUCCUAGCGACACGAAAAUGGCGUCGGCGUUCUGGGAUGUCCGGAACCCGGCGGCGCGAGCAGGGAAGAGGAAGAUCUCAUGGCAGGAUCAGUUGGCACUGAGAGUAUAGGUUUUGCUAGAUACAAUGUGUCAAGUGGGGUUGUAGUAGGAGUUGUGUCUCUCAUCUCUGGUCCUCGAGUUGUAAAAGGAUCCUUGGAGGAAUCGGUGGAUGUGAAUUUGCUUCCUGGCGAAUGAUGGAAAA